ACCGGGGAGCCGAGACCGGGAGCCGGGAGCGGAGGCUGCACUCGCCGGAACAAAGGGCUCCUGCCCGGCCGGGCUCGGGCUGCAGGGAGCGCGCCGUGGCCUGGGGCUGCGGAGCUACCAGCCCCGGGGGAAGGAGCCGCUCCCCGGAGCGCCAUGCCCCCCCAGGAGCCCGGCUGCGCCUGGUGGAUUCUCCUGCCCCUCUGCAGCUUGUGCGGGGCUCAGCCCCCGGAGAGCCAGGGCUAUUUGAUAGCAGCACCUUCUGUUUUCCGAUCAGGCGUAGAGGAAGCUGUUAGUGUGACCAUCUUUAACUCAAUCAAGGAAACAACAGUCCAGAUUCAUCUAGUGGUCAAAGGAGAAACAGUGGCACGAGGCCAUGGAGCAGUUCUGGAUAAAGGGACAAUCAAGCUUCAGGUGCCUUCAGGGCUUCGUGGACAAGCACAUUUAAAAGUCUGGGGAAACCGGCACCUAACGGAGGAAGGUUACAUCUUUCAUAACUAUACCACAGUAACCAUAGAUAGCAAAGGCUCAUCGGUGUUCAUCCAGACUGACAAGCCUGUCUAUAAACCGAAGCAGAAAGUGCUGAUAAACCUGUUUAUGGUCACUUCUGACCUGCGACCGAUCAAUGAGAAGAUUGAAGCCUACAUAGUCGAUCCUCGGGGGUCUCGGAUGAUAGAAUGGAGCAAUCUGAAGCCAUUUUGUUGUGGUAUUGUAAAUAUGAGUUUCCCCUUGUCUGAUCAGCCAGUAUUUGGCGAGUGGUUCAUCUUUGCUGAAAUGCAAGGGCACGCAUACAACAAAUCCUUUGAAGUUCAGAAAUAUGUGUUACCAAAAUUUGAGCUGUUGAUUGACCCACCUCUCUAUAUCCGAGAUCUUGCGACUUGUGAAAAGGGAAUUGUCCAUGCCAGAUACACGUUUGGGAAACCAGUGACAGGAAAGUUAACUGUCAACAUGACUAUAAAUGGAGUGGGGUACUACAGGCAUGAAGUGGGACACCCUGUCCUCAAAACCGUAGAGAUUGAUGGCUCUGCUGUUUUCGAUGUGUGUGUGAGAGACAUGAUGCCAGCUGAUGUCCCAGAGCAUUUCCGAGGCACGGUUAAUAUUUGGGCCACUGUGACCAGCUCUGAUGGGAGCAAGCAGGUCACGUUUGAUGACUCAACGCCUGUUCAGAAACAGCUGAUUGACAUCAAGUACACCAAGGAUACUAGGAAGCAGUUCAAACCUGGCCUACCCUACAAAGGGAAGGUAGAAGUCACUUACCCUGAUGGGAGCCCAGCUGAUGAGGUCACGAUUCGAAUCAAAGCUGAGUUAACUCCAAAGGAUAACGUUUACACAAGUGAACUGGUAUCCAGAAGUGGCUUAGUGGAGUUUGAAAUCCCCUCUAUUCCUACAGCUGCCCAGUAUGUCUGGCUGGAGACCAAAGUGACAGCAAUUGAUGGGAAACCUGCAGGGGACCAGUAUCUGCCAAACUACUUGUCUAUCAGCAGCUGGUACUCACCUAGCAAGUGCCAUAUCCAGCUCCAAGCACCAGACAAGCCUUUCCAGGUGGGAGAGGAGGCCCAGAUCGCCGUGAAGUCCACGUGUCCAUGUAAUUUCACUCUACAUUACGAAGUUGCAUCGCGAGGUAAUAUUGUCCUUUCAGGGCUGCAGCCUGGUAACAUCACACAGCAAAGAAGCAAAAGAGCCACCUUCCCCUUUGAUAAGAACAUCCAUGUCACUCAUUUGCCAGGAACAGCACCUACCAACCCCCCUGCAGCAGAGGUUGAAGUCUGCAUGACCUUCCUCCAUUUUGUGGUGGCUCACAGCAUGGCUCCUCUGGGCCGUCUCUUGGUGUAUUACGUCAGGGAGAAUGGAGAAGGGGUCACAGACAGUUUGCAAUUCACUGUCAAGUCCUCCUUUGAAAACCAGGUUUCAGUGACACUUUCAGCGAAUGAGACAAGGCCUGGUGAUGUUGUGAACCUCAAGGUUAAAGCCGCGAAGGGAAGCUGUGUCUGCAUUGCCACAGUGGAUAAGAGUGUCUACCUUCUCAAGACAGGUUUUCAGCUGACGUCCACCCAGGUUUUCCAGGAGCUGGCAGAGUAUGAUGUUUCUGAUGCCUUUGGGGCUCCCAAGGAAGAAGGGCAUUUCUGGUGGCCAGGCAUGUCCUCACGCAGACGACGACGCUCCUCUGUCUUCCCCUGGCACUGGGAUAUCACCAAAGAUGCCCGCUUUGCAUUUACAGAAACUGGUUUGGUUGUGAUGACUGAUUUAGUCAGUCUAAACCACAGACAGAAUGGAGGCAUGUACACAGAUGAGGCCGUGCCAGCCUUUCAGCCACACACUGGGACUCUGGUAGCUACCAUGCAUUCUAAGAUUGUACCCAGAGCAGAGAAGAAAAAAAGAACAUUCUUCCCUGAAACAUGGAUUUGGCACUGCCUCAAUGUCAGUGAUGUAUCAGGAGAAGCACAACUGGAUGUGGAAGUGCCUGACUCAAUCACUACAUGGAUAACAGAGGCUGUGGGCCUGUCUGAGAAGAAAGGGCUGGGACUUGCCAAACAAACAGAACUGAAGACAUUCAAACCCUUCUUCAUCGAUUUCACCCUGCCCUAUCAUGUCAUCCGUGGGGAGCAGACCAAAAUCCCGCUGACUGUCUACAAUUACCUGGCUAUCUGCAUAGAGGUUCAUGUGAAAAUUUCAGUUCCAAAAGGCAUAAAGUUUGUGGGACAUCCUGGGAAACACCAUCUGACAAGAAAGAAGUGUGUAGCCCCUGGAAAGGCCAAACCCACCUCCAUAGUCUUGUCCUUCAGUGAGCUUGGACUGAGCAACAUCACAGCAAAAGCAUUUGCUUAUGGUGGAACAAACUGCUGCCAGGAUGGGAUGCAGAUCCUGAAGAAUGGCAAGCACUCAGAGGACAAUUACUUGGACAAAAGGACCCCAGUUGGGAUAGACUAUGUCCGUAGUAGUGUUAUUAUUGAGCCAGAGGGAUUAUCCAGAGAAUAUACCUACAGUGUGUUCUUCUGCCCUAAUGAGAAAAUUCACAUUUCUACACCUAACAAAUAUGAGUACCAGUAUAUGCAGAAGCCUGCCCGGAUGACUCAUUUCGACAUUGCAGUGAAAGCACACAAUGAUGCUCAUUUUGCCUUGUCCUCUGGCCCACAUGACAUGGCAGAGAUGACUGAGAUUGUCAUUGGUGGGCAUCAAAAUGCUAAAACGUGGAUUUCUACUAGUAAAAUGGGUGAGCCAGUUGUCAGCACAGACACAGCUGGCAUCCUCUCUUGGGAUGAAUUCCGGAGCUUCUGGAUCAGCUGGAAAAAUGGAAUAAUUCAGGUUGGCCAUGGUACUCAGAUGCUAAAUGAAUCCAUUAUUGUGGAGUGGGCCAUCACCAAACAGCCUGAGGUGAAGUACAUUGGCUUCUCCACAGGCUGGGGCUCAAUGGGAGAGUUUAAAAUCUGGAGAAAAGAAGAGACUGAUGAAAAUCACAAUGAAGCGUUUACUCUUGGAGUUCCCCACAAUGUGAUUCCUGGAUCAGAAAGAGCUACUGCCUCAAUAAUAGGAGAUGUGAUGGGCCCUACGCUUAACAACUUGGACAAUCUUCUACGAUUACCAUUUGGAUGUGGGGAGCAGAACAUGAUCCAUUUUGCUCCCAAUGUCUUUGUCCUAAAAUAUCUGCAGAAAACCAAACAACUCAGCCCUGAGGUGGAGAGCGAAGCCACAGAUUAUCUGGUGCAAGGUUACCAACGCCAGUUGACCUAUAAGAGACAAGAUGGUUCAUACAGUGCUUUUGGCGAGAGGGACUCCUCAGGGAGUAUGUGGCUAACAGCCUUUGUUCUCAAGUCCUUUGCGCAGUCUCGUGGGUUUAUUUUCAUUGAUCCCAAGGAAUUAACAGCUGCAAAGGACUGGAUCACCCAGCACCAGAAGGAAGAUGGCUCGUUCCCUGCUAUGGGUAGAAUAUUAAAUAAGGACAUCCAGGGUGGAAUCCAUGGCAAGAUCUCACUGACAGCAUAUGUUGUUGCAGCUCUGUUGGAGACAGGCAUCACCUUUGAGGAAGAAAAAGCAGCAGUUGCCAAAGCAAAACACUUCUUGGAGUCCAACUUGUAUUCUGCAGAAGAUCCCUACACCACAGCCCUGACUGCAUAUGCCCUGACUCUUCUGCAUAGUCCCUCUGCUGCAGUGAUGUUGCGGAAAAUGAACAGCAUGGCCAUUAUGCAAGAUGGCUUUACACACUGGAGCUUAAUGGGGACUCUGGUUACUGAUGAAGAUACAUUCAUGGGAUUUAACGAUGGGCUUUCUCAAUCAGUUGUAUCUGCAGAGGUGGAAAUGACAGCCUAUGCACUGCUGACAUACACGCUCCUGGGAGAUGUGGCCUCUGCACUUCCAGUGGUUAAAUGGCUGUCGCAGCAGAGAAAUGCACUUGGAGGAUUCUCAUCCACUCAGGAUACAUGUGUAGCUCUGCAGGCUCUGGCUGAAUAUGCCAUUCUUUCUUACGUUGGAGGAGUCAACCUUACCAUUUCCCUGGCUUCCACUAAUUUAGACUAUCAAGAGACUUUUGAGCUUAACAAGAUGAAUAAGAAGGUUCUCCAGACUGCAGUGAUCCCCAGCAUUCCCACUGGGCUGUUCGUAAGUGCCAAGGGCGAAGGCUGCUGUCUGAUGCAGAUUGAUGUCACUUACAAUGUGCCUGACCCUGUUGCUAAACCAGCUUUCCAGCUUCUGGUUAACCUGAAAGAGCCCAAAUCAGAGUGUCAUCGGCAAACUCAGCAUCCCCUACGGCCCCUCUCUCCAGAUGAGAAUCGCUCAGAAGCCUCCCACAGAGAACGGGCACUGGUGGAUGAUGAUGACCCAGCUUCUGAUCAAGAUCACCAGGAAUACAAAGUGAUCCUGGAGACGUGUACUAGGUGGCUGCAUUCGGGAUCAUCAAACAUGGCUGUCUUGGAGGUACCCUUGUUCUCAGGUUUCCGAGCAGAUAUUGAGAGCCUGGAGCAGUUAUUAAUGAACAAGCAAAUUGGAUUAAAAAGAUAUGAAGUUGAUGGAAGAAAAAUCCUUUUUUAUUUUGAUGAGAUUCCUAGCCAGUGCAUGACCUGUGUAAAAUUUCAAGCCUUCAGAGAGUAUAUAGUUGGGAAAACUGCCCCGGUCCCCAUCAAAGUGUAUGAUUACUAUGAGCCAGCUUUUGAAGCGACUCGUUUCUACAAUGUGAGUGAAAACAGCCCCCUGGCACGGGAGCUCUGUGAUGGGCCAACGUGCAAUGAGGUGGAAAGCUCAGCCAAUCACUGGGUUGGUUUCUUUCACUCUGGGCCGUGCAACAAUGUUUUUGGCUGUUUAGAAGAUGAAUAUUUUGAGCAGUGCAUGUGCUCCCGGGACUGUGGCUAUGAUGGGGAGCCAGUGUGUGGAUCAGAUGGGAUGAUUUAUCAGAACCAUUGCCAGAUGGAGGUAGCAUCCUGCAGGAAUAAUACAAGGAUAGAGCAGAUACCUAUGUCUCAAUGUUCUGCCUCCAAGAAUUUGCCAGAAGAAAGAGAAACACAUUUCCACGGAAUUGAGCAGCCUAGCGUUCAACAAACUCCUGCAGAGGAAGGCCCUGCACUCCAGUCAGACCUGUCCUACUACUCUUACGAGUAUGACCCUUAUGCUUCUGAAGCUGACGUCUUUGAGGUUGCAGCAGAGCCGACAACAGCAAGCAGCACAUUGAGAGAAGUGGACAAGAUUCAAGAAGUGGUGACUACAGUAGAAUGGUGAGAGAGACAUGUGAGGGGGAGGUUCUGUUUUUUUAAUCAAGUUCUGAUAUCGUAUAACAUGACACUGGGUCUAGAGUGAGUGUAAAUAAUGCAGAAAGGGCAUACUGAUAAUCACUCCGCUAAUUGCCUUGGCCGAGGACCAGCUGCAGGUCAGGCUCGCAUUGGGAUGUCAGCUGGGACCUGCAUGCCUGGAAGUGUCAGUUCCUAACAUAAAUUGUAAAUUCAAAAGGACAUUUUAAGCUUGUCCCUGCCUGGCCCCACCACUGCUGCAGAAGAGACAUGAGGUGGAAAUGACUUCUCUUCAUUAUAUUCUCUCUUCAACAGAAAUAAAUAAUUUAAAAUAAAAAGAAGAGGCUCAGAAUCAACUCCUGUACGAGUUUGUUCCUACAGAUGACCUGCUGCAGAACAGAAACCAAAUGACGACUACUUCCUGAUACCCUCAGAAUUGUAGGCUUUGCCUCCUGAUGGGGGGCAGGAGCUCCAACAGGGUGCUCAGCAUUAUUUUUCUAUCAAUUUUCCUGCCUUUUGUGCAUCCUCUUAGGAGCUAUUUCAAGGAUGGGAGACCAAUGUGCUGCCCCACUGUAGGCAAGGAGAACAGGGGCUGGAAUUCAAACCCUUAGACCACUUCAAAGUAUGUUACAAGGAUCCUGCAACACCAUUUCCUAGCUACACUGAGUCCAGACCUCUGUGCUCAGCUGAGUUGCUGUUUGGGGAGAGAUGGCUGAGGAGUUUUCUUUAAAAAUAAUAAAAGCAGUGUAUUUUAGCUCAGUAUGCCACAGCAAAGGGUUAACAACCCCAGCCCACCACCCCCCUACCGCCCACUGCACCAGCAGCCCUCUGCAGAAAGGAGAGUUCAUUGUUCAUCAGACUUGACAGGGGGAGCAUUCUCCAAAAGAAGUGAAAUCAUCUGUGAACUCCACAGGAGUUAAAAGCCUAACAGUCCACGACAUGGCUGCAGACUCUGCCUGGGAAGAAUGCCCACAAUAGGGGUGAUUAGGGUCAAGUGGCUGAACUCCAUUCAUGCUGGAAUAAGUACUGCCAAAUGCAGCCUGCAGCUUCCUAGCCUUUGCCCUCUGGUUACUCUCUCCUUGUAACUUCAGCAUGAGAAUAAAAGAGACCUGUGGCCAUGGUGUUCUCAGUCCUUGGCUGAUUUCACCAGCCAUUUCUACUCUUCUCCCACCAGGCUCCCAGUGCAAUGGGUGUUCUUGAUGUAGAUUUCUGUGCACAGUCUGUAUGGCCCUAGGACUGCUGGGCAGGUACAAACCCCUCCUCUUUGUCACAGAGUUUUGGCUCCUGUCUUCUAAACUGCCCUAAGCAGUGACAGCUGGGGUCUAAGCAAUGCAUUUUGCAGUGAAAUGAAGAGCAAAAGCUGUCUGUUUUUGAAGUGCAGGAGAAGAGACAUUUUGGGUCUUUCUUCCUGCUUUGAGGAGUUUCGUGCAUCUGUCUGUUGCAGAAUAGUCUUAGUGUUUCCUCUCCCCGCUUCCAUCCUCCCCGCGGCACAAAGUGGGGUGUCAAUCCACAUGGAGAGUGUUUGUUCAUGAAAGGAAACAAGAAAAGGCCCAAUUCACUUUUAGAGCUUGUCUACAGAGGGAAAUUGGCCAGAAUGGCUAUUGGGAAAUAGCUCCCUUUGUGGACACUCUGUUCCAGAAUAAUUUGGGCACUUUGUGAGUGCACUGAUUAUUCCAGAAUAAGGGGAUUUUAUUCUGGAAUAGUGUCCACUCAGGGAGCUAUUCCAUAAAAGCUAUUCUGGCCAAUUUCCCCAUGUAGUCAAGCCCUAAGUUCCAUUUUUCAAGUAUUGGUUCCAGCCAGAGUGCUGAGCAAGAGAAAGAUUCCUUAGCUGUGGUGGCUCUUAAGUUUCCAGUGUCAGUCUCUCAGGCUGGGGGUGAGUAGUUGCUUCAGCCUUCAAACUUCCCAAACAUAUGUGACAUGGUGGAAGACCUGAGCUCACAGCUCAGUUCCUGAAAUGCCCAUAAAUUCCAGAUUAUCUCUGCUGGCUAGUUUUCAAAUCACUCCUUCCCCUGCUGAUCUGAACUCUUCUCUCAGGAUCCUAAUGUGGCCUGCCUGUCCUGCUUCUCAGUAGAGAUUUUGCUGUGUCUUUUUAAUGUGUGUGAAUGGACCACAUCCUAACAGUGCCCCACAGCACAGCCCAAGCGCCAGCUGUUCUAUUCCUGCCUAGCAGGUAAACAAAUGCCUUCAGACUACAUUCCAUCUCUGCUGGCACUGCUUCCAGCAAGCAAUUGGCCUGGCAAGCACUGGCUAUUGUGUACACAUGGCAGCAUAAGUCAAUAUUUAUCCUCUGGGUAAAUAACAGGCCUAGUGCAAGCUACAGUGAGAGGCAUUUUCUUCUUUUAAAAACAUCGGGACUUCACAAUGCAACCCUGCUGUUUGCUCGCACCGGCCUCAGCACUCAAUAAGGCCAGAAGGCUGGAAGAGUGAGACACGAACUGUCGCCUUAGUAACAUGGCUGUGAUCUGGCUUCUUGGCCCUCCACUCCUUGUGCUUGGGCAAGGCUCCAUGUGAUUUGGGGCCAGGCUCCUUGGCCUCCUGUAGCUGGGAGCUCUAAUCCUCAUGCCUGGCUCCAAGGUCCCCAACCUGCCUCUCUCUCCCUUUGCUUCCUGACUUGUUGGUGUCAUUGUCUCAUUAGAUUAACGGUGUUUUAUGGGGUUUUCUGUUUUAGUUGAUUAAUUAUAAUUAUAUGCUGAUUAAUCCCACCCACAUGAUGUGCUGCCCCUGCUGGGCACCUUCCUUGGGCAGGCGGAGCUGGUGUGACCCCAGCACACAAGAGGGUAGAGAUGGAUGAAUUCCCCCAAGCUUUGACCAAGUACAGAGCCAGCUCCCAUCACUUCUCUGGCUCUCUGUUAACUGUAAAACACCAGU